UCAAGCUCUGACGCGCGCCGUAUAAAUAAAGCCAAAUCGUAGAUAGCGUGGUGCAUCGGAGUUGACAGUGGUCACCUUGCAGUGGUGGUUCCGCGAUAAAUUCGGUUUUGGAUUGUACGACUGUUAAAUUGUGCGUGCGUGUGUGUUGGAAUAAUGGGAAAAGAUCGUUGCCUCAACAUCACGACCGUCACCGCAAGGGAUAUCCGGUGGCCAACGUCCCUGGGGGCGCACGGUUCCGAUGCGAUGCAUACUGAUCCGGAUUAUUCGUGCGUUUACGUGACGAUUGGCACGGUUGAAGGGUUGGUGGGUUGCGGUAUGACCUUCACCCUUGGACGUGGUACCGAUAUCGUGCUGCUAGCUGUCCGCGCGUUGAAACAUCUCGUCGAGGGUCGCACCACGACCAGCAUCUUUGAACGGUUCGGUGCUUUCUGGCGCGAGCUAACAAGCGAUUCCCAAUUACGCUGGAUAGGACCGGAGAAAGGUGUCACCCAUCUGGCGGUGGCUGCCAUCAUUAACGCCCUGUGGGAUCUGUGGGGUAAGCUGCGCGGUGUACCGGUAUGGUUGCUGCUCGCCGAGAUGGAACCCGAGGAACUCGUGUCUACGAUUGAUUUCCGUUAUAUCGAGGAUGUUCUCACUCCGGAGGAGGCAAUUCAAAUCCUUCAACAGAACAAACCAACACGCAGCGAACGAGUGGAGCACAUCCGGAAGCACGGAUAUAAGGCCUACACCACACAGAUCGGAUGGCUCGGCUACAGCGAUGAAACAAUCCGGGGGUUGUGCAAGAAAUAUCUGGCGGCCGGAUUCACGGCGUUCAAGAUAAAAGUUGGACAAGAUCUGGAGAGCGAUAGGAAGCGGUGUCGGCUGGUCCGAGAGGAGAUUGGUUGGGACAACCUGCUGAUGGUUGAUGCCAACCAAACGUGGAGUGUUCCCGGUGCGAUUGAGUGGAUGAAGUCGCUCAAGGAGUACAAACCACUGUGGAUUGAGGAGCCCACAUCUCCGGAUGAUGUGCUGGGGCAUGCCAAGAUCGCUGAAGCGCUGCGAGAGCAUUUCAUCGGAGUCGCUACCGGGGAGAUGUGUUGCAAUCGGGUCAUGUUCAAGCAGUUUAUGCAGGCCAAAGCGCUGGAAUUCUGUCAGAUCGAUUCGGCACGCAUCGGAGGGGUGAACGAAAUUUUAUCCGUCUACUUAAUGGCAAAGAAACUGAACGUGAAAGUGUGUCCCCACGCUGGAGGAGUCGGGCUUUGCGAGAUGGUGCAGCACUUGCAGAUGUGGGAUUUCUGCUCCGUUUCCUGUACCAUGGAGGGGCGCAUGAUUGAGUUCGUUGAUCAGCAGCAUGAUCAGUUCACCCAUCCAGCGACGAUCAACGAAAAGGCUUGCUAUGUAGCACCAACUUCACCAGGGUAUUCGACCGAGUUGAAGGAAUCGGCAAUCGAACAGUUUGCCUACCCAAACGGUAUCGAAUGGCAGCGCCUGUUUGCCGCAGGAACGUUUAAAAAGGAAAGUUAUUAAUCACAAUCAACGAUGAUAAAAAUAUCUUCUUUUCUUCGCCCUUUCAACCUUGCAAUGGCCAACAGUCUGGGAAAACCCAAGGGCUUCUGUUAAACAGCAAUCUGGUUUUCAAUAAAAGGAACGAAAUCUGUUUUCU